UAUAUCCCCAAAAGUAGUAGGUAGAUAUCAGUUCACUCUGAAAGAGUUGAAAUUAAUUUUAGAAGCGAUACAACUCACGCCUAGCUGCAUCACAGUCACAACACCAGAGGGUAUAAUGUGAUAAUUGCUUUCGUGCGUGUUUGUCGAAUGCAACGGAGAAAAGAAGCUCACUCGAAGCCAAUCAUUCGGUUGUUGGAUCUCGGACGCUCCGGACAAAUCAUCGGCGUACUCGUAGUAAUUAGGAAAUUGGCGCGUAACUACUUGGAGAAACAGGCGCCUGGAACGAUGCCAAGCGUGGGCGUUUUGUUGAUCGCUUCCGUGUUGUGGCUACCGGCGGUUCGCAUGAGUGAUGACGUUUCGAUCUUUCCCGCGGAUCGUUUGACGAUCGUCGAUGGUGCUGGAUUUCUCGCGUAUCUGAUUCCCGCCAAAGUCGAGGAUUACAACCGUUGGAUUCACUGUUCGGUGACGGUCGGUGGAUCGAGUUACAGUUUGGACAGUGAUCAAAUUCACGUGAUUGAUGGAUUGACUAGAGUGCAACGCUUCAAUGCCACUGUUUGCGGAAUUCGGGUGCAAAAAUUGUACAAAUCGGUCUCAUGGGUGUUAUCUGCAUUGGAUUCAGAUUCGAAGAGUGUCGAAAAAAACGUUAGUGUGGAAGUGUUCACUCCCAAAAAGGUUGACGUGAUGAAUGUUACCAUCAGUGAUACGAGUCGAUCCUACACAGUGAAUUGUCCUGAUGACACUUCGCGGCGAUAUUGUCGCAUACUGGACGAGGACGACAAUAGCUACGAUGGAUGUUCGAAGUCAUUCGACAUCACUUGGGAUACGGCUCGGUUUCGAUGUCGGAUACUCUACUGGGGAGAUAUGGAUGAAACGGAAACUGUAGUCAACGUGAUAGUGGAAAAGAGUAUGCGAGAUGUAACUUGGUCGAUCGAGGAGAAUGACGCACACAUUGUGCUGAACUGCCACUAUCGUUCGUCAGUGAGUCCUUGUCGGGCGAUAUCGGCGGCCAGCAAAAGACAGAUGAUGCUGCUGGAUGGCCAUUUGGCGGAACGGUAUUCUGCGUACAACACCAAGAUAUCGCAAGGAAUCUGUGCUCUGGAAAUCCGCAAACCAUUGCUCAAGGAAGACUACGGAGUGUGGCGUAUCUAUCUGCCCAUAACACCGACCGACAACAGUGGAUGCGUAUUCAAUCUGAAAGACAAGCAACACGAUCAGGAUGAUGACGGCGACCUACACUUGAUGGCGCCACAAGCAAAGCUAGUGGAAGUGUUCCAUGAUCCACUCUCGUCCACGACGUCGACGACCGAACUAAGCUGCGAAGCACCGUACUCGAUCGAAUAUUGCUACCUGUCUGGGCCUCAGGGCGGAAACUAUGUCCCCGACCGAUUCGAUCGACAGAAAACUUUGGGCAUAUGCAACUUCAAAGUGUCGAACAUCACCAGCGGAAUUUGGGCCUGCGGUUUCAACGAUGCGAGUGGCGGCGAGGAUCGGUUGAAUUACUUCGAUGUAAAAGUGUACGAUAAGCCUGGAAAAGCAAUUACCCCUGAAAUCAAAGCCAGCAAGGGAGACGAGGAUAAGCGGAUGCUUUGUAGAACGAUUUUGGAUCUACAGAUUGAGAUAUGCCGAUUUAUCAGUCCAAGUGGAGAGGUGCACGCCCUGUCGGAGAACUUCGUGCCGAGUGAUGAUAGUAGAUUCAGAUACCAUGGAGCAGGUCUACGAUCCGGCGAAUGCGGUGUGGAAAUAGUUGAGGUGGAACGAGAGGAUUUCGGCCGGUGGAAAUGUGCCAUCAAGGUGCAGGGAAAGGACUACGCGAUUGAGAUGGAUCUGAUUGAAGAAGGUGAGUUAUAAGCAACACUGCGAUAUUGGCCAUUUCAAUCAGCGCGACCGUUUUGGCGUGCGCAGUCGGGGGUUUCUUCGCCUACAAGAAACUUAACGCCAGACGACGCGUUCAAUACCAAGUCAGGCUGGGCAGCUCGACUGGGGGACUUUCGACGGCAUCCACCGGAGCCUAGGAGGUAUGUGUUUUUUUCGGUGUUAUUUGUUUGAAACGUUUUGUACAUUGAUAGUAGUCUUUUGUGAGAAAUUGUUUGUUCAUUGAAGAGUUUAUUUCAGUGUAAGGUUUUAUCUUUUCGUGUUCAAAUAAAUAAUUGUAAAACGAAA